CUCUACGACUAUUGUGCAGACUGCAAACCUACAGAAAAAUAUUCUACGACUUUUGUGCAUACAGCAGGCUUGAUAACUUCAUUAAGAUGCGCUGGUUCCUGAUCACAGUGCUGGUGGCGCUUGCGACCCAGUCGCUGCAGGCGGAGUUGGUGGACGCCGACGGGGUUCAGGCUGCCGUGGAUGUCGAUCGUCGUGUGCUUGGGGGUCUGCUGGACGGUGUGCUGGGAAAUAUCCUGGGUGGUGCUACUGGUGAUAAGACAAGUGGUGGUCUCCUGGGUCUAGGGAAUUUUGUAACCAGCUUGACAGGAGCUCUGGGCAAACUGGUCGGCAGCCUGGUAGGAAAGGGUGGUCUUUUAGAAGGGCUUGACAAGGGUCUGGUGGGUAGCCUGGUCAGCACGCUGGCGAAAAAUUUCCCAAUCAACGUGGUCAUCCAGAUCGUCGGCCAACUCCUGUGUGUCAUUAAACAAUUAGGGCUCCAGGUGGUCAUUUAUCUGCUCCAGAGCCUGAAAGUGGACGUUAUGUUGUCUCUGAAUACAUUCCUCUGUACUGCUAACGGGUCCCGGUUGUUUGAUGAAGUUAACGGCACGGCGAAGAUUGAAGCGUCUGGAUGCCUGCUCAACAUUCUCAGCGAUAUUCUUCUAGACAUCACAUCAGUGCUGAGACUCAUACUCAAACUAGAUCUCGAUCUGGGACUUAAAGAGAUAUGCGAAAACCCCGUCGGAGGAUCCCUAGUGAAAGGAAUUUUUAAGCUGUUGGGCAAGGUCUUGAACCCUGAAUUGAUAACGAAAAUUUUAGCUAUCCUAAAAUCCGUUGAUUUAAACAACCUACCCGGCUCAAUAGAAAAGAUAAUUAAAAACAUCGAAUGCUUGCUCAAGUAUUUUGGCGUGGGCGUAAAACUCACUUUUCUGCUAGAUCUUCUUCAAGUUCUUGGUUUCAAGUUUGUCCUUGACGCCGAAGCCGUUUUCUGCAAUGCGUCUGAUGCUGACAUAAAAGCCGAAGCCCUUCUGAAACUGAAUCAAGCCAUCGGAGAGCAAGCCACAGCCAAAUGGAUCGAACAAGCAGGGUUAGCUAUCGUGCUUGAAAUCAUCAUCAAGGUGUUAACGCAACUACGGGAGAUCAGGCUGGAAGUGAUCCGGGCCAUCUUGUGUAUGAUGGUCAGCUUCGGCGUGGACCUUUUCAUGGGGGUGUUCAGAAGUGUGGCCGUCUCCGUUUUGCUUCAGUUGUCUGGGCUCGUCUGCAGUAGUCUGGGAGAGCCGGUGAUAGCCAGCGCAGACGCCAAAGUUCUGGCUGAACUCAUUAAACUCUGCUCUGGUCCCUCUAGCCCUGAAUGCUCGGCACAACUGAACUUCUCCUUCACCGCCACCGCCUGCGCUAAAGUCUGCGGCUACUGUGAGGGUAUGGGGGAAGCUAGUCCACAAGUUUACGGCGCCUUCCGUGAUGAAUGCCUAGACAAGUGUAGCACCGAAUGUCCUACCUUUGUUGGGUCUGCACCAGUGACAACUGAAUCACCAGGAGCAGGUGGCCUCAGCAGUGGGCGUUAACCGAGUGGCCCCCACCCACACAUGGCCCGUCACAGGCUUGGUGUAACAAAAAGUCUGACAAGGGCGAAAUUUAAAGA